GGUCACCAAAUCAGCCGGCAAAGGUCCCACUCUUUUGAGUCUGAGACCGUCUAGACUCAUCAUCGUUUGUUUCAGCAUGACGACGCCCUGCAUUCAAACAUGUAUGGUUCCACGUUAACGAUCUCUCCUUCCACCCAAAUUCCUUUCACGGCGGCGAUUACUCGACUCUCGGGCUCUGUUCAAAUUUACACGGCCCUUCUCCUCUAACCCAAUUCGUAGGGAUCGAAGCUCGGUUCGCGCAGUUUUUACCCUAAUCAGAACUAAAUUCCAUUGAUAAUUUGAUAUGAAGGUCCAUUGAGUAGUGGGUACUGAGUAAAAUUUAGAAAAAAUGAGUUACAUAGCGAGGUUUGGUAAAGAUAAUAGCGCCUGUGAUACCGGAAAUUCUGCUGAAGGUUCGGGUUCAAGUAAAGGACCUGAUGAAGUAUCCAAUGAUUUUGAUCAUGAAAUUGCUCAACUUACCAAGCAUAAAUCAAGACCCCAUCAACUUUUGCGCGGGGAUAUGCCUGGGAAGUUGAGGUUACCGGUUUCAACGAUGAAAAUGCUGGUCGGUCGCGAAAGUAAUCAUUCAGGGCGGGGGAGGUUCUCAUCGGCAGAUUGUUGCCAUGUUUUGAGCCGGUAUCUGCCCCUAAAUGGUCCUUGGGGGGUGGACCAGUCCAGAAGCCCUGCUUAUGUUUCUCAAUUUUCCAAUGAUGGUUUGUUUUUUGUUGCUGGAUUUCAGGGAGGCCAUAUUAGAAUAUAUAAUGUUGAAAAGGGAUGGAAAGUUCAGAAGGAUAUCCUGACCCAAAGCUUGAGAUGGACAAUUACCGAUACGUCUCUAUCACCGGACCAACGUUAUCUAGUUUAUGCUAGCAUGACACCGGUUGUCAAUAUUGUGAAUGUGGAAUCUUCUAAGACAGAGUCACUUGCAAACGUUACGGAAAUUCAUGGAGGUCUAGAUUUUUCUAUUGAUGACGAUGAGGAUGAGUUUGGAAUUUUCUCAGUUAAAUUUUCAACUGAUGGGCGAGAGCUUGUAGCUGCAAGUAGUGAUGCUUCAAUAUAUGUUUAUGAUCUACAAGAAAAUAAAGUUAGCCUCCGAAUACCAGCACACCAGUCUGAUGUAAACACUGUAUGCUUUGCUGAUGAGAGCGGCCAUCUCAUAUAUUCUGGCAGUGACGACAACCUCUGUAAGGUGUGGGAUAGACGCUGCUUAAUGACGAAAGGAAAAGCAGCUGGGGUCCUGAUGGGACAUCUUGAAGGUGUUACAUUUAUUGAUAGUCGGGGAGAUGGGCGUUACUUGAUAUCAAACGGGAAGGACCAGACUACCAAACUCUGGGAUAUAAGAAAGAUGUCCUCUACAGCCAUUUACAGUCCAAGGCGUACAUAUCGUGACUGGGAUUACAGGUGGAUGGAGUACCCAUCUCAUGCAACAACUUUGAAACAUCCCAAUGAUCAAUCCUUGGCUACAUAUAGAGGCCAUGCAGUCCUGCGCACUUUAAUUCGCUGUUACUUUUCUCCAGCAUAUAGUACCGGACAGAAGUACAUCUACACUGGCUCAAGUGAUCAUUCUGUCUAUAUAUAUGAUCUGGUGACUGGAGCUCAAGUUGCGAGACUAGACCAUCAUGAAGGACCUGUAAGAGACUGUAGUUGGCAUCCUCUAUAUCCCAUUUUGGUCAGCUCUUCUUGGGAUGGGACCGUUGCCCGAUGGGAAUUUCCUGGUGAUGACCAAGUUCCCACCCUGAUGAGGCCAAAAUUACGCCCAAGGAGAGUCUUCUACUGAGGAAGGCUCAUUGUUUUGCGCUUCACAAGAUGUUUAAGUAUUUAAACUGGUUCAUGAUUUUCAUACAUUCUGUAACGUUAUACUGCAUUUUUUAAAGAAAGUUAGCCGUAAGUUGAGAGAAAUUAUAGGUUCUUGGUAGCUUUUAACGCAUGUAAAUUAUGUAAUCUUAUGUAUUCUGAAUCAAAACAUUGUAUAAAGUUUCACUCAUAUAGAAAACGUUAUCUGAAAACGUAAUCUUUUUACA